UUUGUUCAUAGUGUUAGGUUAUAAUAUUGGACAUUACAACCGUCAAGAUGUCAACGGAACUUACGAACUGAAUAACAAUCAUCAUAACCUCACUUGCAACUGUCAAGAUAUGGUCUAUGUCUAGUUUUAAAUUUUAAAUAUGAGUUUGAGGGAUCUUAAAGAAGAGAUUUACCUUGUUCUUCAAAUUAAAGGAGGUCAUGGUUUUGGGUUUGCUACAUCCCCUCUCAUAAUUACAGCAAACUUAGCAGGUAACAUCCAUGAGAGCUUUGUUACAGAGCCUUCUCCUCAGCCAAAAUUUGAAAAUGAGUUUGUGUGGGUUAUGGAUAAAACCAAAAUGAAAAGCAUUUGGUCAGACAAGGUUCCAAUAAAAGUGGAAUGUUUGUCAGUGAACAAUUUCAAUCGUAAUCGGAUCGGAUAUAUAAUAAUCAACGUGAAAGAUGCCCAGAUAGUCCAGGAUGAAUCUAAGAUUUCAGAGAAACAAAUUCGUCUUCUUGGCCUGUCUAAAGGUGUGUCGCUGUUGAAACCUGAACUGAGUCUCUCGUUCUACAUCACAGAUGUGCCGAUCCAGAGUCCUCCCCUCAUUCCUAACUUCAUACCACCAGUUGAGGGAGGACGGGCACAGAUGUCCAGCAGUCCUCUCAAGCUCACGCUGGGCUCCGGCAGGGAACACUUCAAGCUCACUAUCAGAGCUGUUGCUUUUACCAACUUAAAAGAGAUGUUGCCGUCACAGUCUGAUGUGGAGCCAGAGUUACUGACCUACAACUACAGCCUGUUCGGGGUUGAGAUAGUUUCCGAUGUCUCGACCAAUCAUAGUGUCUGCCUGGAAAUGACCACCAGCCUGGCCUGCCUUAAGACCUAUUUUGUUCGCCAACCAAUGGUAGCCGUCUCAUUGCACAUGGGCUCUCUUCUGGUGGGACAAACCAGCAUUAACAUGGAAAGUUUGUUGCUCUCCGAAGAGUUCAAUGCCAAGCGAGAGCGGCAGCAGACGAGGAGUGUUUCAUGCCGUUGUAUUGUCUCCCCCACCCACAACCUGGCAGAGACACCGUCUGAUGUGAGGCCUUGUGUUGAUUUUAACGUCUGCCUGUCAUGCGAUGUUCCUGUGGCCAAGAAGAAGUCGGAGACUAUCGUUCCACCACUUGGUACUAUCGGUGCCGGAGGUGAUGCAGAUAAUGGCCAGAGUAUUCUGCCUCUGCAGACGCCGCGGACUGUGUCACUAUCUCUUACCCCUCGCCUGGCGCCUGUGCGGACGGUAGACAGUGGCAGUGAGACAUAUCGCACAGAUAAGCCUGUCUCAACACAUACAGUCUCUGUCUCAGUGAUGAGUCUACAGAUGGAUGAGCCUCUGUCCUGUGAGUGUUGGUUGAGGUUGUGUUGUGCGAGUGCCACAGUAUCGCUACCCCAACAGGUGAAACUACCUAGCAGCUGGUCACCUCUACAGUGGCAGCUGACUUUGACUCUGCCCCGUCGUCUGCUAGAGUCGACAUUAGCCUCACAGCCACCUAUGCUACAGCUGGGCACUGGUACUCAGCUGAUCGCCACUGCUUUGCUCACUCCUCCGGAAAAGCUCAUUAAGGACAGUGAGCGUUCAGCUGUGCUAGAGGAGGUUGGGAGGGGCCUGAGAGUGGGGGAGGUAGGGGUGGUCUGGGCACUAGUUGAUGUUGUUCCCACCACCCCUCCGAAGAGCCAGUCAGCUUCUACUUUGACAGACACCUCGAUCUCACAACCAAGCCAACCUAAAAGUGCAACAGAAGUUUUGUCACCACGUGCUCGAGAGUUGAAGAUUCUCAGUUUUGUUGAAGAGUUAGAAGACUGGGCAGAGAAACAGAGAAUCAUGGUGAUGGAAGGGCUGAAGGAGGAGGAGGCAGCCCGGCUGGCAAUGUUGCAAUCAAGAUGGGAAGCGGAAGUGGGAGGUCAAGUGACAGAAGGUAGGCAACUGGUGGGGGCUCUCCAGAACAUGAGAGAUCAGCUGAGACAGCAGCAGGUGGAGUUGAUUGAGAACCAGCAGAAGCUAAAAGUGUACAAAGAGGAGUUGGAAAGAGUUCAUCGAAGCAAAUUGCAAGAGUUCAAGGACUUGUCUCGCAGGAUGCAAGAUGAGUUUAACCAUAAGUUGGCCCUGAUCGCGUCAGAUAAGGUGGCCCUGGAGGAGGAGGUGGAGAAACUGAGGAUUGAGAACUCGGAGAUGAGACAGCGGUUGAGGAAGGUGGAAGCUUUAGCUGACUCGGACAAGAGAGCAGUCGACGGUUUGAACCAUGAACUGAAAGUACUGAAAGAUAAGCUGGCUUUGGAACAAGAAUCAAAGAAGUUCUUUAAGGAGCACUGUCAGAAGGCGGAGCAGGAGAUUCACAGAUUGAACUGUCUGCGCCAGCAAGAGUUGGAAGCUCGGCUUCAUAACGAGAAGAAGUCACUGGAACAGCUGGCUUUUCAGCAGAUUAUCGUGGAGAGGAAUGACAUGAGACAAGACCAACGGUUGUUGAGGGAGAUACGGCAACAGUUGUUGAAUCGUGCCGACCAUCUUGAUGUUAACUCAAAUUCCAAUGUGGAGACAGUCGACUCUGGAGAACGUCCUUACCUGGAAGAGAGACACAUUCGACGAGCCACAUAGCAGUCAAGGCGCCCUCUGGCAGAGUGGUUCUAACUCAGUAGUCAACUCUCAGGUCUGUCUUACUGAUGACGAAAGACUUUUCAGCCUGAGACCACUUCUAAACAUUUCAAUCUUUUUGUGAUAAAUGAUAGGUAAUUUUUACAGUACAUUAAAAUAAUUUAUUACUUAUGUCUAUAAAUAGGAUUUAUUCGAUACAAAACGAUAUAUCAAUCAUGUGCUUUAAAUGUAAAAUACUGUAUAUAACAAAUGAGCAAGCUUUUGUUAGCUAUUUCCAAUAUGUUGUAAGAUAAAUAUUCUUAGAGAAUUAGUGUGGUAAAUUUUGUAAUGGUACUUUUGUAAAUAUGUAAAAUUUUUUUCAUGAAUAAAAGUGUGCACUGUUAAAAUGAAAUAUAAUCACUUUUGCAGCUGCAUUCUAUUUUAUUUUUUACUUCCAUUCAUGUAUUCCAUCCAUUUAGUUUUGUGAGAAUUAUAUUAUAAUUCUACAACUAAGGA